AUGACCAUCCUCGCCGCAUCCACACGUGCCCUUCGCAGCGCCAUCUCAAGGACAUGUCGCACCCCAAGGAAUCAGUCGAUCUCGAUGCAAUCAGGACGGAUCGGAUCACUCGCUUCCUGGAACAACAUUAGCAACAGCAACACCCUCCCUAGUCAACAAGCAGCAUUCUCUACUGGAGCAGUCUGGCAACAUGGAUCUAUGCCCCGUCCAGCUCCCGGCACAGGAAUUAAAGUCAACUUCGUCAAACCCGAUGGCGAGACAGUGACCGUGGAGGCUAACGAGGGCGAGAGCCUUUUGGAUCUUGCCAGAGCCACCGAUAUGGAUGUUGAAGGUGCAUGCGAGGCAUCCUUGGCCUGCUCGACUUGCCACUUGAUUCUGGAUGAGGCGUCGUUCGAUAAACUGGAGGAGCCUUCAGACGAGGAGAACGAUAUGCUGGACCUUGCCUUUGGCCUCACAGACACAUCGCGUUUGGGAUGCCAGGUGUUGAUGACUAAGGAACUGGAGGGAUUGACGGCCAAGAUCCCAUCGGCGACCAGGAAUAUGUAUGUCGAUGGUGCCAAGCCAAAGCACCAUUAG